AUGCAUUUCGGUAUUGUAGGUAGCGGUGUUAUUGGUCUAACCACUGCUUUGGAACUGCAAAAUAAUUUUCCCAAUGCCAAAGUGACCAUUUUGGCUGAUCGUUUUAAUGAAGAUACGACCAGUUAUGUGGCAGCUGGAAUAUUUAGACCUGGUACCAGUUUUAUGGGUCCAACACAAGAGAUAACACAACAAUGGAUAACUGAUGCCUUCCAUUAUUGGGAUGAUAUUCGCCGUUCGAGCAAAGCAUCUUUGGCAGGUGUAUGCCAAUUAUCAGGUUAUAUAUUCUCCAGUACAUCUCCUUCGAUAGUAAGAAAUCAUUUUAUUGAAAAAUUACUACCCAUUUAUCGUCAAGCCACCGAUGAGGAAUUGAAAUUGUGCCAAGGCAAUUGGAAAUAUGGUUCCUUCUUUACCACCUGUGUUACGGAAAGUCGACUUUUCCUGCCCUAUGCCACACAAAAAUUCAAGGAAGCUGGCGGUGUUGUCUUAUUCCAUCACGUCAAUUCAUUGAAAGCUCUUCCCGAAAAAUAUGACAUUGUUGUGAAUUGUACGGGUAUGGGUGCCAAGGAAUUGUGUGGUGAUCAACAAUUGGUACCCAUUCGUGGUCAAGUGUUGAAAGUUCGUGCUCCCUGGAUUAAGACAGCAUUCUAUGGUGAUUAUGAUACAUAUAUUGUACCCGGCUUUGAGACAGUGACUCUUGGUGGUUGUCGUCAAUAUGAUAGUUACAAUGCGGAUGUUUGUAAAUACGAUUCAAUGGCCAUUAAGGAACGUUGCUAUAACAUGUUGCCAAGUUUGCAUAAAGCCGAGGUUGUACGUGAAUUGGUGGGAUUGAGACCGCACCGCUCUGUUGUACGUGUUGAAAAGGAAAUUAUGCAACCUCCACCAAAAAAUCUUAAAAAACCACCCAAUUUUGUUCACAAUUAUGGUCAUGGUGGUUAUGGUGUUACCACGGCUCCGGGUACGGCGAAAUAUGCUGUUAAAUUGGUUCGUGAAUUGUUGGUGGGCAAUAGUAAAUUGUAA